CAAGAGCCAUUCAAUCAAAAAAUUCAUACGCUGAUAUCCGGUCUCCAAGAAUUAGAUCAAAUGCGUAAUCAAUUUGCUGAUGUGAAAGUCCCGUUAGAACUCCUUGACGUUCUUGAUCAAGGAAAAAACCCUCAAUUAUACACAAAGGAGGUUCUAGAAAGAACGCUUCAGAAGAAUAAAGAGGUUAAUGGCAAAGUGGAGACAAAGAUGUCCAUAGGUGCAAAUGCAGUUUUCCGACCUCAUAAUGGUGUCACAGCCGCUCUCAUAAAGUUUGUUCCAAACUUCGUUGCGUUACGGUUAAGUUGGACUCAGAACUCUUUGAAGAGUGAGGGAUUAGAGCAAUUCGUGGAAGAAUAUCUACCAGUUAUAAGAGAGAACAAUCCACGGAUUAAAUACUUUCUGCAUAGAACAUAUACGGAAUGUGACCCAUUCGUUGUUGGGGAGUACACUUGGAUGCGUAGCCGAAGGAAACGAGUGUCUUGGAGAUCGAAACAUCAGGUACUUUCCAUGGUUGAGGAAAUGGCUGUUGGAGGAGACUUUAGACCAGGUGACAGUCACAGCGUAGUGAUACAAAGCAAAUGGAAAGCGGAUGAGGACGAUCUGCGAGUACCCUUAGCUGCAAAGCAUCCAAAUUUCGUGUACAGGAAAUAUUAG